AUGAAAGGGGUACUAAGGACUUGUUCUAUUCAUCUUAAUUUCAGUUCAGUUCAAUUCAACUCCAAUCAGUUCAGUUUCUAAUUUCCUUAUUUUAUAGACAAAUUUCAGCUCUAUUUAGUUUAAUUUAGCCCCAAUCAGUUCAGUUCAGUAAAUCGAAAUAGACCCUAAUUUCAACAAAGAAACGAGGAUUUUAUACGAGAAAAAGGAAAAAAAAAAAAAAAGCAAAGCAAAACAAAAUAUAUACGCGUACCUAAUCUGAAAAGCAUGAAACUAACUGUUGUUUCUAGUUAGUACGGACUAUAUAAAGACAGUCCAACAUUGAACAUACGUUUCAACAACUUCAUAUUACAUAAUUCUUCCAAACUCAGAAAUGUAGAGAGAGAGAGAAAAUCAAAUAAAUAAAUAAAUACAAAAUUUAGUGAGAGAAAAAUAACAAAGGGAAGAAAUUAAAGAAAAACAUCAUCUAAGAAAAGCUUCCUUGCAAAUCUCAUGAACUGUGGUGUCGUCUUGGGUUUCUACUGCUGGGGUUGGGAGUUCUUAACUGCCCUUCUUCUUUUCUCAACCCUUUUUUAUUCUUCUUUUUAAUCAUAUUUUUUUCUUCCUUUUGUUUUAUUUUUAACAAAUUUCUAAGAUUUUUAUUCCUUUCUUUUAUAACAUAAAAAAGGGUUAAGAAAAUUAGUAUUUUUUGUAAAGCACAAAAACAUAAAAAAAAAAAAAAAAAGAUUUUAAUGGAAGGUGUUUGUGAGAAGGGGUUGUUUGAGUAUGGAAUAAUUAGGAAAUCAAAUCCACCACCCUUUUUGUUGAAGACAUACAUGCUUGUGGAUGAUCCCGAGACCGACACCGUUGUAUCGUGGAACGAAGGCGGUACCGCCUUCGUGGUGUGGCAGCCGGCCGAGUUUGCCCGGGACUUGCUCCCUACUUUCUUCAAGCAUUGCAACUUCUCUAGCUUUGUUAGACAACUCAAUACUUACGGGUUUAGGAAAGUGGCAACAAGCAGAUGGGAGUUCUGCAACGACAUGUUCCAAAGAGGCAAGAAAGAAUUGAUAGGCCAAAUUCGACGUCGGAAAGCCUGGGCACACCGUCCACAACCACCAACGGUUGCAGCCAACCCAACAAACUCCGAAGCUCCUCCAAAUAAACAUGAUGAAGAUCAAAGAUCCUCAUCAACUUCAUCAUCCUCUGAGCUCAACAUUCUAGUGGAUGAAAACAAGAGACUAAAGAAGGAAAACGGGGUGCUAAGCUCAGAGCUCACAAACAUGAAGAACAAGUGCAAGGAGCUACUUGACUUGGUCGCGGUCUACACAAACCGAAAGGAAGAUCAAAGCCAAGGCAGCAACAGCAACAAUGAUGAUGACGAAAACUACGAAAAACAGCCAAAGCUGUUUGGGGUAAGAUUACAAGUCCAAAGUGAAAAAGAGAGAAAGAGGAAGAGGUCAGAAGAAGUUUAUGAGACGGCAAGACUUUUAUUAUCUCAAUCAUGCAAGUAACAAGGCUGCAAAUAUGAAUACAAGUCCAUUAUUAGAACUUGGUUUAAUUUAGCUGUCUUAGUCUUAGAAAUUUAUCCUGAUGAAAACUACAGUUCAGUUAAUUACAAGUAUGAUUAUUGAACUUUAAUUAGUGAAGAAUUCAGGAACAUAAUUGUAGAUAAAUGUUUGUUCUAGUUCACAAGUAAACUAGAAAUUAUGAAUAAAGGUUGACAUAUGAUAUAGUUUAUAACUUUAUAUUGGCUUAUUA